AUGGAGAACAUGGCUGGCACUCUACCUGCUUCGGCGGUGGCCAUUGUCGACGACGACGCUCCUGGGCUCUACUGCCUCACGAAUGGGGCCCUCGUGACCGCGGCCGCCGCCACAGCCAGCCCGGAGGUGGCGCGCCUGGGGCAGGGCAGCACGGUGCGCGUCCUGGAGGUGCGGAGGCUGGCCGAUGCGCAGCGGGUCCGAGGCCGCAUCGAGAACCCGCCGGGGUGGAUCUCGCUGCUCGACCUGUCCGACGGGUUCCGGUGGGUGGAGCGCCUGGAGCCGCUCCCGGUGCGGGUGCCGGCCGCGGUCCCCGGCGUGGUGGCGGGCAGCCAGGGCCAUGGUCUGAGGUGUCAGGGUUUGCUCAGAUCGUUGCGAAUCCACAUUGGGUUCGCAGUGGCCAUCCUUGCUUUCGCAGGUGAGCUGUGCGAGCACCCCCACGGCCUCUUCUCCAUGUUCUCCAUGGCCAUGGGCCAGGUCGAGCUUCGCAGGAGGUACGGCCAGGCGCUGCUCGUGGACUGGUCCUGGGAGGGCCUCCUCUACCGCGGCCCCGCCGGCGAGCCCAACCUGUGGAACGCCUUCUUCCGCCAGCCGGCCGAGCUGCAGAUGGGGAGGGCCGAGCUCCUCGGGGCCCUCCGUCAGAAGCAGUACCACCAGACCACGUCCAGCGAUGCGGUCUACGGCGGCUUCUCCGGCGUGGUGCAGGACUACGGCGCCAUCUCGCCCGCGAAGGCGGCCCACGGCCGUGAGCUGUGCCGCAGGUCGUUCGUGCUGCAGGGGGCCUUCGAGGCGCGGAUCCAGGCUGUAGCCUCGGUGUUGCUCGGAGGCGGUCACCGGUGGCUUGCGGUGCACGUCCGCCAGACCGACAAAGGAUGCGAGGCGUCCGCCAACCUCGAGCUCAGCGAGGAAAACGUGGCCACCAGAGUGGUGGCCCAGUGCGGCGCCUGGGGCCUCGACGCCGUCUUCCUCUGCAGCGACAGCGCCGCGCUGAAGGCCAACAAGUCCUUGUGA